CCGACACACGUGACAGUUAACAGGAAGUAAAUAAACUGCCUUCCCGCGCAGUUAAAUCGGUUGAAGUAGACGACCGAAUCCACGAAGAAUCAAACAAAAUGGACGAGCUUUAUUUGGAUAACAUCGACGAACUCGUAAACGACCACAACAAGAUUGUGACUUAUAAAUGGCUGAGUCUUUCUCUCGGAGUCCAUGUCAACACAGCCAAGCAGAUGCUGUACCAUUACUUGGAUCAUAAAAGGAAGGAAAGUUCAGCUCCGCUUCAUGCCACUUAUCUUGUGUCGGGGAAGUUUGUGGACAAUGGCCAAACGAGUCACAAGGUGUCUGUUGUCAAAGAGGACCAGUUAGAAGAGUUCAAAUCCAAGAUGAGCUUGAUAGUCAGCGUCCAUGUCUACAGCGUCCAGAAGGCUUUGCUGAAAGACAGCGGUCCCCUCUACAGCGUCGACUAUGAUGCUGUGAAAGACAACCUGAAGAACUGCAGCAGAUACAGUGCGAUCCGCUGUGCCAGUGCAGUUCCCAUGUCUGCUGUAGAGCUGCAGCAGGUGAGGAAAAACAAUCAAGCUUCUGCACCAGAACCUGAACACACAAAAUCCAGCAUGAACGGAGAGGCUAACGUGGCUUCAAAACAUUCUGCCAAACCACAAAAAGGCAUCAUGGGAAUGUUUGCAAAUAAGACUGUUCCUAAGAACCAGGAAAAUGGCAAAGACAUCAAGUCGGAGCAGAAGGAGGAGCUACCUGCGGUUGAUGUCCCCAAAAGUAAACCAGCUGCAAAAGCUAAUCCUAUGACAAACUUCUUUGGGUCUCAAACAGCAAAGAAACCUGACAAAGCUGUGAAGGAGGAGGAAGCAGCAGCUCCAUCAUCAUCAUCCUCAGCAGAGCAGCAACAUCACAGUUCACAGCCUGAAGAGAAGCAAGAAGCUGCUGCAGUGGAGCCGUCAAAAGACAGCAAGAAAGACUCCAAGACCAAAACCAAGCGAGCAGCGGAUUCUGACAGCGAGGAGGAGAAAAUGGAGAAGAAAAAGAGACGGAGGAUUAAGAAGCCCGAGCCAGACAGCAGCGAUGAAGAUGUCAUUCCAGAUUCUCCACAGCAGAUGGAAACAAGGGAGCCAUCGCCAAGUCCGGAGAAGGAGGUCGAGUCUGCCUCACGUUCACGCCAGACGAACUCUGAAGAGAAGACGAGGAAGAGGAGACGAGUCCUGAAAUCUCGUACCUUUGUAGACGAAGAAGGAUGCAUCGUGACAGAGAAAGGCUAUCAGAGUGAAUCGUACUCUGAAACAGAAGAUGACGUCCAGGCCACCAAACAAGCUCCAAAAGAUCCUUUCUCAACAAAACCGCGAGCGAGUAACAAACAGGACGAGAAGAAAAACCAGAAGAAAACUUCAGCUAACGCAAAUAAAGGAACUAAACAAGCUUCAAUUAUGGGAUUUUUCCAAAAGAAAUGAUGGAGAGCAGCGUGCAACACUUUUCUUAGCACUUAGGAGCACUGCUGCAGACUUUCUGUAAAGAUCUUUUGGUAAACUGACAGCUGAAGCAUGACAUGGACCAUUGAGCAAUUCAAGUCACUUCUUACAAGCACUUCAACUACAUGAACGUGUCAAGAUUACAAACAUUUUACUGUCGGCAUCACUAACUGUGAAUACAUGACUUAGUCAAUAAAUAAUUAAAACUGAAACCAA